AUGGCUUAUUCCCUAUCUCUGAAUACCCUUCUCGUCCUUUUGCUUGUCUCUAUAGUCAGGGCAGGUGAUUUCAGCUACCUCUUUGACCUUAUUUUUACCAAACCUUUUUACAGUAGCUCAGAUGUCAAGGUUAAAAAAGAUUCUUACUUUGCUAGCACAGACCCUGUUCAAGCCAAUUCCGCAGUAGAAUCAGCUUUUACUUGCUCAUCAGUCUAUAUGAACAAAUUCUCGUGGAGAUGACUAAUUUCCAGCUCAAAUUGUGGAAGCUAUCAAACGGUGACGAUGGGGCUUUGGGUAAAUUUCCAAUCAACCCUUAGUCAAGAAGUAAUGAAAUUUGGAAACUCUGCUUUCGAUAAAACAACUUAUAUAGGAAAAUCAACAACUGAAGGUACUUUAGAUUUUGAUUAUAUAGACGAUAGUGGCGUUCUAGAGAGCCCUUCAUUCUCUUUCAAUGUUCCAUUAAGUAAUUUUUAUUUAGACUCCUGAAUUUUUUUGGUGAUGAAAUGGCAAGGUGGGGAAACUUUUAUUAUAAUGUUUGGGCAGGAACAAAUGACAAGAACCCGCACUAAUGACUAUGCUAGUCCAAAAGGUGAUGGUAUUGGCUUUGGCUAUGAUGUUAAGGCUUACUUGUAUGAAUUUACUUGGUUUUACAGAGCUGGUAUUUCAGAUCCUCCUUUUUAUGGAAUAACUCUGUAG